AUGUUGUGCCGGGCGGCUUGCAGCACCAGCCGGAAGUUGAUACCAAUUCUGGGAGCUCUGGGCUCCAGGCAGAAACACAGCCUGCCUGACUUACCUUAUGAUUAUGGUGCCCUGGAACCUCACAUUAACGCCCAAAUCAUGCAGCUGCACCACAGCAAACACCACGCCACCUACGUGAAUAACCUGAACGCCACGGAGGAGAAGUAUAAAGAGGCACUGGCAAAGGGUGACGUCACAACCCAGGUAGCUCUGCAGCCUGCCCUGAAGUUCAAUGGCGGAGGUCAUAUCAAUCAUACCAUCUUCUGGACAAACCUGAGUCCUAGUGGAGGCGGAGAACCCAAAGGGGAGUUGCUGGAAGCCAUCAAACGUGACUUUGGUUCCUUUGAAAAGUUUAAGGAGAAGUUGAUGACUGUAUCUGUUGGUGUUCAAGGUUCAGGCUGGGGUUGGCUCGGUUUCAAUAAGGAACAGGGACUCUUACAAAUUGCUGCUUGUUCCAAUCAGGACCCAUUACAAGGAACAACAGGCCUUAUUCCACUGCUGGGGAUAGAUGUGUGGGAACAUGCGUACUACCUUCAGUAUAAAAAUGUCAGACCUGAUUAUCUAAAAGCGAUUUGGAAUGUAAUUAACUGGGAGAAUGUAACUGAAAGAUACAUGGCUUGCAAAAAAUAAAACAUUAU